GCCAAAUCAGGAGUCUCUGACCAUCAUUCACACCCAGAAAAAGGCCCCCCUCGAAAGCCAUUCAACUCGCUGCACCCAGCUCUGCUGAGUUCUUAGACAUCACAAUCCUCCGCCCCUACACUGCCUGCUCUGUCUCUUUCCCCUACCCGCAACAAGUUCAAAUUGCGCACAUUUCUCCUAACAUCACCGGAGUCCCCGCUGCCCCUGCCAUACACGUGUCGGAGGCUGUCAUACUCGUCUCUGCGUCCGUCACGCAAUUUCUCUCCAGGAACGUAGAAGUACUUGAUCAAUGCCGAUUGAAAAUCCUAAACGGCCAAAUUUUGAUAUGAGACCUACUUCCACACCCAUGGCUGCCCCACCGAGUACACCCCCCUAUGGUUUUAGACCCAUGACACCAGGUAUUGCGAGUGAUGCAGCCAGGCCACCUCCAAUGCCUACGUCAACUCCAGGCCCCUUCCAAAUGCCACCUCCACAAAGUUCAGUUGGGGGAUACCCAAGUUUUCCACCAUCAGCUGCUGCCUCGUCUCCGGUUCCUCCCCAGCCCGCAUACCCAACAGUUUCAUCUUAUCCACUUGCAAGACCAACCUUUCAGCCAGCUUUUUCAGGAUAUUCCAGCCAACAAUCAGCUGCAAUGACACAACCUCCACUUGGGCAAGCCAGCUUUCCUCCUCCACAUGGAGGUUAUGCUCCGGGAGGGGGGUAUGCACCACCCUUACAAAUGCAGCAUCCAGGAUCUGCACCUCCUAUACCUAAUGUGCAGGGGUUGUCAGAGGAUUUCAAAUCCCUUUCCAUCGGGUCUGUUCCAGGAUCAUAUGAGACAGGGCUUGAUUCCAAAGCAUUACCAAGGCCAUUCGAAAGUGAUAUACAAAACCUUAUGUCAGAUUUUUUCCCCAUGAACUGCAGUUCUCGGUAUCUACGGUUCACAACCAGCGGCAUACCGAAUUCCCAGUCCUUAGCUUCAAGGUGGCACUUGACCCUUGGUGCAGUUGUUUGCCCUCUUGCCGAGGCUUCUGAUGGGGAUGAAGUUCCCAUAAUCAAUUUUACUACUACUGGCAUUAUACGUUGCAGAAGGUGUCGGACUUAUGUAAACCCUUUUGUCACAUUUACGGACAGUGGAAGGAAAUGGAAAUGCAACAUAUGCCAAUCGCUCAAUGAUGUUCAUGGUGAUUAUUUUGCUCACUUAGAUGCCACUGGUAGAAGAAUUGAUUUGGAUCAGCGGCCUGAGCUUACGAACGGCUGUGUGGAGUUCAUUGCUCCAGCUGAAUACAUGGUCCGGCCUCCAAUGCCACCAACAUUUUUUUUCCUUAUCGAUGUAUCAAUAUCAUCCAUAAAAAGUGGAAUGAUUGAGGUAAUAUCACAAACCAUCAAAAAGUGUUUGGAUAACUUGCCUGGAUACCCGAGAACCCAGAUUGGAUUUAUUACUUAUGAUAGUACAAUUCAUUUUUACAAUAUGAAGUCAUCAUUGAUACAACCUCAAAUGCUGGUUGUGUCAGAUCCUGAAGAUACUUUUGUCCCUUUGCCAGAUGACUUGCUCGUCAACUUGUCAGAAUCCAGGAAUGUCAUAGAUGGAUUCCUAGAUAACUUGCCUUCUAUGUUUCAAGAUAAUGUAAAUGUGGAAUCAGCAUUUGGUCCUGCUCUAAAGGCUGUAUACAUGGUUAUGAAUCGGCUUGGUGGCAAGCUGCUGAUCUUCCAGAGCACACUUCCUUCACUAGGUGUUGGUCGCUUGAGACUGAGAGGCGAUGAUCCCCGUAUAUAUGGAUCUGACAAAGAACAUGCAACAAGAAUACCUGAGGAUCCUUUCUAUAAACAGAUGGCUGCUGAUUUCACAAAGUAUCAGAUAGCUGUCAAUGUAUAUGCGUUUAGUGACAAGUAUACAGAUGUAGCAAGCUUAGGGACCCUGUCAAAGUACACUGGUGGUCAGGUGUAUCAUUAUCCAAGUUUCCAAGCUGCUAUUCAUAAAGAUAAAUUGAGUCAGGAGUUGACAAGAGAUUUAACAAGAGAGACUGCCUGGGAGGCUGUCAUGCGGAUAAGAUGUGGAAAGGGUAUUCGUUUCACAACUUAUCACGGGAAUUUUAUGCUAAGAUCCACAGAUCUUAUAGCACUUCCAGCUGUUGACUGUGAUAAAGCUUAUGCAAUGCAGUUAUCACUGGAAGAAACAUUGCUAACAACUCAGACUGUAUACUUCCAAGUUGCACUGUUACACACAUCAUCUUCUGGAGAAAGACGCAUUAGAGUGCUUACAGCAGCUGCACCUGUGGUUUCAGAAUUAGGAGAAAUGUACCGUCUUGCUGAUACUGGUGCCAUUGUAUCAUUGUUAUCCAGGCUAGCAAUUGAAAAAUCUCUCUCCACUAAAUUGGAAGAGGCUCGAAGUUUUAUUCAACUGAGAAUUGUUAAAGCCCUCAGAGAAUAUAGAAAUUUGUAUGCUGUACAACAUCGUCUGGGGGGGAGGAUGAUAUAUCCAGAAUCACUGAAACUAUUGCCUUUGUAUGGACUAGCUUUGUCCAAGUCCGCAUCCCUACGUGGUGGUUAUUCUGAUGUGCAGCUUGAUGAACGAUGUGCCACUGGAUAUACUAUGAUGGCAUUGCCAGUUAUGAAACUGUUGAAACUUUUGUACCCAAACCUGAUUCGUGUUGAUGAGUUUCUUCUAAGAACAUCUCCUUUGACUGGGGAGUCUAAGAACAUGCUGAAGAGGCUUCCACUUACCAUAGACAGCUUAGAUGUCGGAGGUCUCUACAUCUAUGACGAUGGUUUUCGGUUUGUUAUAUGGUUUGGUCGAAAUCUAUCUUCUGAUAUCAUGAAGUGUAUACUGGGGGAUGAAUUUGCUGCAGACUUCUCAAAGGUUUACCUACAAGAUCAAGGUAAUGAAAUGUCGAGAAAACUGAUGGGCUUGCUUGGAUCAUUUAGACAAGGUGACCCAUCAUAUUAUCAAAUAUGUCACCUAGUAAGACAAGGUGAACAGCCCAGGGAAGGAUUCUUCCUACUAAGAAAUCUAGUCGAGGACCAGUUUGGUGGUACAAAUGGCUAUAUGGAUUGGAUUGUGCAAUUACACCGGCAAAUCCAGCAGAAUGCGUAGCACAGGCCCUGUAGUCAAUGAACGGGUAAACCUCCAGUGGCCUUACGAGGGAUUCAAACUUGUGACAGAACUUUUUAUUCCUGGGUUCAAACUAGUUGAACAACCCCCGAGAAGGUUAUCUUUGCUUAGUAUUAGUAUUACUUAGGGGAAGGGGUCAGCAGGUGUUUUAAAUGACGAUUGCCUUCGAUUAAUUAUUUUUUCCAACAGUAUAUCUGUCAUGGACAACAUUUGCACAUGGUAUAUUACCAUUUGUUCCCAACAUGAGUUAAUUGUAAUUUUCUAUAGUGGUAUUGAAUAUUUCCCCCCCCAGACCACUUUCUUUAGCCUGUUGCUACGUGCACCUAUGUGCAAAUUAUUGGGCCAUUGAAGUAAAUUUAAUGGUAUUUACUUCGGUGUACCAA